UUUUCUCCAGAAAGUGGCUUUCCAGCCAUUGAUUCCUGUAAGGGUUUCCCUGCACACACACUCGUUUGCUCACUUGUUGGAUAGAGUUUGGAGAUAACGGAAAUCAGGCGAAGCUAAAAUGUUGGCUAGGGUUUGCAGAUCUGAAUCAUCUUCUGGUAAUGCUGCUGCUGUUUAUGCUAGAUUAUUCAGUACGAGAUCGGUUCAUCGUCGCGUCGCCAAGAAAACUAGUAAGGUUGGAAAGAGUAUGCCUUCUCUGAACGGAGGAGCAUUUGAAGGAGAGAGUUUGAAACUGAGAAUUGGAUCUCAUUAUAUCAAAUGCUUUGAUGAUGCGAUCGAAUUGUUCGAUGAUAUGGUUCGAUCUCGUACCUUCUAUCCGGCUGUUGAUUUCAACAAACUAAUGGGUGUCAUCGUGAGAAUGAAACGGCCCGAUGUUGUGAUUUCUCUCUAUCAGAAGAUGGAAUUGCGCCGGAUUCCAUUUGAUAUAUACAGCUUCAGUAUUCUGAUUAAGUGUUUCUGCAGCUGUCAUAAAUUGUCCUUUGCUUUGUCUACAUUGGGCAAGAUCACUAAACUUGGUUUCCAGCCCGAUGUUGUUACCUUUAACACGCUGAUCCACGGUUUAUGUCUCGAAGAUAGGAUCUCUGAAGCCGUAGCUUUAUUUGAUCAUAUGGUUGAAACUGGAUUAACACCCAAUGUCGUAACGUUUACCACACUGAUGAACGGUCUUUGCCGCGAGGGUCGAGUUCUCCAAGCAGUAGCUCUUGUUGAUCGGAUGGUCGAAAAUGGUCAUCAACCUGACGAGAUUACUUACGGAACAAUUGUCAAUGGAAUGUGUAAGUUGGGUGACACUGAGUCUGCCUUGAACCUGCUUAGGAAGAUGGAGCUAAGCCACAUCAAAGCCAAUGUUAUAAUCUAUAAUGCCAUCAUUGAUCGUCUUUGCAAAGACGCACAUCAUAGCGAUGCUCAAAAUCUUUUCACUGAAAUGCAUGAGAAAGGAAUUUUUCCCGAUGUUCUCACCUACAAUUGUAUGAUAGAUGGUUGUUGUAGUUAUGGUAAAUGGAGUGAUGCGGAGCAACUGCUACGUGAUAUGAUCGAGAGCAAUGUCGACCCUGAUGUUGUAACUUUCAAUGCAUUGAUCAAUGCAUUUGUCAAAGAAGGAAAGAUCUCUGAGGCUGAAGAAUUGUACCGUGAGAUGCUUGGAAGGAAUAUAUUUCCUGAUACAAUCACAUAUAAUUCAUUGAUCGAUGGAUUUUGCAAGCAUAGUCGUCUAGAUGAUGCGAAGCACAUUUUUGAUUUGAUGGUUAGCAAGGGCUGCUCUCCGAAUGUAAUCACUAUUAAUACUCUCAUAGGUGGAUGCUGUAGGGCGAAAAGGGUAGAUGAUGGAAUGAAACUUCUCCAUGACAUGUCAAGAAGAGGAUUAGUUCCUGAUUCAGUUUCUUACAACACUAUUAUUCACUGGUUCUGUCAAGCGGGGGAUCUUAAUGCUGCUCAAGACCUUUUCCAGGAGAUGAUUUCUCAUGGUGUGUCCCCUAAUAUUGUAACUUGUGGCAGUUUGCUGGAUGGUUUCUGCGAGAAUGGAAAGCUAGAUAAGGCAUUGGAAAUGUUUGAGGUUUUCCAGAAAAGUAAGAUGGAUCUUGAUACUGCUACUUAUAACAUCAUCAUCAAUGGAAUGUGCAAGGGUAAUAAGGUGGACAAAGCAUGGGAUUUGUUCAAUAGUCUCCCCCUCAAUGGUGUGGAACGUGAUGUUCAAACGUAUAAUAUAAUGAUCAGCGGAUUAGUAAAAGUAGGGAACUUUUUAAGCGCUGAAGAUCUAUACUUGGAAAUGCUCUGUAAAGGUAUAGUUCCCAAUACUGUCACAUAUAACUCAAUGGUAGAUGGGUUCUGCAAGCAGAACCGCCUAGAAGAGGCCAGACAGAUGGUCGAUUCGAUGGCUAGUGAGGGCUGUUCUCCAGACGUUGUGACUUUUAGUACACUCAUUAAUGGCUAUUGUAAGGCUAGAAGGGUUGAUGACGGAUUGGAGCUUUUCAGCGAGAUGUCUAGAAGAGGAAUAGUUCCUGAUUCAGUUUCUUACAACACUCUUAUUCACGGGUUCUGUCAAGCGGGGGAUCUUAAUGCUGCUCAAGACCUUUUCCAGGAGAUGAUUUCUCAGGGUGUGUCCCCUGAUAUUGUAACUUGUAACACUUUGCUGGGCGGUCUCUGCGAGAAUGGAAACCUAGAAAAGGCAUUGGAAAUGUUUAAGGUUUUCCAGACAAGUAAGAUGGAUCUUGAUACUGCUACUUAUAACAUCAUCAUCAUCAAUGGAAUGUGCAAGGGUAAUAAGGUGGACGAAGCAUGGGAUUUGGUCAAUAGUCUCCCCCUCAAUGGUGUGGAAACUGGUAUCCAAACUUACAAUAUAUUGAUCGGCGUAUUUGUUAAAGAAAGGAACUUUUUAAAGGCUGAAGAUCUAUACUUGAAAAUGCUCUGUAAAGGAUUAGUUCCCAAUACUGUCACAUAUAACUCAAUGGUAGAUGGGUUCUGCAAGCAGAACCGCCUAGAAGAGGCCAGACAGAUGGUCGAUUCGAUGGCUAGUGAGGGAUGUUCCCCAGACGUUGUGACUUUUAAUACACUCGUUAAUGGCUUCUGUAAGGCAAGAAGGGUUGAUGACGGAUUGGAGCUUUUCAGCGAGAUGUCAAGAAGAGGAAUUGUUGCUAAUACAGUUACUUACAGCACUUUGAUUCAUGGGUUUUGUCAAGUGGGUGAUCUUAAUGGCGCUCUAGACAUUUUCCAGGAGAUGGUUUCUAGCGGUGUGUGUCCUGAUACCAUUACCUUCCGCAGUAUGCUGGCAGGUGUAUGUAGUAAGGAGGAACUACAAAAGGCAGUGGCAAUGCUGGAGCAUCUGCAGAAGAGUGUGGAUCAUCAAUUGGAGGAUGAAUGAAAGAAUUGGAAGACACAGGCAUUUCCCUUUUGUAAUUCCAUCUACUACGAUUGAAAAUGAAUUGUUUAUGUGUUCAUGUAGAGGAAAAAGUUUCAGCUUUUAAGCUCA